AUGCAAGAUCGAGCUGAAAUGAAAGAUACAAGUGUUCUUGGUCAUACUUGGAAUUAUGAAAUUGAUACACUAUCAAUUAAACGUCCUAACAUCCAAAGUGAGAACAGUAACUUGACAAAGAGAUUUAUUCUCAAGGUGAUAGCGUCAGUAUUUGAUCCGUUGGGAAUGUAUACUCCUACAUUGCUGAAAGGAAAAUUACUGUUACAAGAUCUUUGGAAGAAAAGUCUUUCAUGGGAUGAUGUGAUAGAAGAUGAAAAAAUAAAAGAAUCUUGGUCAGAAAUAAUUUCAGACGUAAGCAAGAUUUCCAAGUUUUCAUUCCAAAGAUGCCUAUCAAUGAAACAUGAGGAGCAUAUUACAUACACUUUAUUGUGCUUUUGCGAUGCAUCUCUGAAGUCAUACGCAACAACUAUAUACCUUCAUCAGAAAAGUAGUAAUAUGGUUAAAGUUGAUCUUGUGUUUGCCAAAUUACGGUUAGCACCUGUUAAAACAACGUCAGUUCCACGGCUAGAAUUAAUGGGUGUCUUAAUUGGUGUGAGGUGUUUGCGAUUUGUACAGGAGCAAUUGAAACUUGAGAUAAAUGGCUCAUAUAUUCGGACAGACUCACAAUGUGUGAUAGGAUGGUUGUAA